AUGUUAAGGUGGGAUCCCACCCACCUUCUCGAGGAGGACCACCGUGGCAAGAAAAGCUUCUUGUACGGGCGUACGCGGUCUAUGUAUACGUCGGGAUACGAUUACCCUGCCAAUGACUACGAAGUGGACACAAUAGUCGAGACUGUUCAAUUCACCAAGGCUAUUGACUUUAAGGAAGUGCUAAGAUUAAAAGAAUCUAAGUCACCGGCUCCCGAUGAAGUAUCGGCCAAGAUGUUGAAAGAAAUCGCCAGUGAGUUAGCCAAACCACUCUUUACGCCUUUCCGAGCAUCUUUCGAGACCGGAUAUCUACCGGCCGACUGGAAAUCUGCGAGGAUUACGCCGCUCUAUAAGGGUGGAAACUGGGUCUCCACAGCAAUUAUCGACCGGUCACCCUAA